AUGGAUGACGUGGCAGCCUCGCUUGAGAAGGCUGGCUACCGCUGUAUCAAGUUGGAUGUUGCUUUUGCUUUCCACUCGGAUCAGUUGAACCCUAUUUUAGACGACUUUGAGGAAAUUGCAAUGGCGGGUGUCAUCUUUCAGGAGCCAAAAGUGCCAGUUAUCUCGCCUCUGCUCGGCAAAGUCAUUUUUGAUGGUAAGACAAUGAAUGCAAGCUACGUCCGCCGGGUCACAAGACAAACCGUCGACUUUGUGGCUGCUCUAGAGCAGGCCCAGAAGAUUCAUACUAUUAGCGAUGAGACUGUCUGGAUCGAAAUUGGGCCACAUCCUGUUUGUACAAACUUUAUCAAAACCACCAUUCCGUCCACACGGCUCGCUGUCCCAUCAAUGCGCCGUGGCGAUGAUAACUGGAAGACCAUAACCGAGAGCAUGGCUACUUUGCAUAUUUGUGGUGUUGAAGUUGGCUGGAAUGAGUUCCACAGCCCACUCGAGCGUAGGCUACGCCUAUUGGAUCUUCCAGCAUAUGCAUGGAAUGAAAAGAACCACUGGAUUCAGUAUACUGUCGACUGGUGUUUGACAAAGUCAGAUCUUAUGCAGGAAGAUCUACUGGCUGCCACCCAUGGGCAUAGCAUGAACAACUGUGGUGUUGUUACAUCGUCCAUCCAUGCCGAUAUUGCAUACACCCUUGGGAAUUAUCUGUACCGCAAGUUGAACCCGAAGUCCAAAGAAGUCCACAUGAAUACUGGCAAUCUAGUCGUUACAAAGGGUCUUGUUGCUCAAACAAAUAAGAAGACACCCCAGCUUUUCCGUGUAACUGCUACCACUGCCGAUGUUGGCUCAGGUCUAGUCGAGUUGGCCUGGCAGAAUGUGGACAAUGAUGGAGGUCCCGAGGAGCCAUUCGCUACCGCCAACAUUUGCUACGAAGAUGCAUCUAAGUGGCUGUCUUCUUGGCAAUUGCCCACCUCAUCCAGAGCAGAAUUGAAGCACUCAAACACCUUGCCGCACAAGGUCAGGCAAGCUGCUUUACACGCAACAUGCAUACACCCUCUUCAGCAGCAACCUGGUAACCUACGCCGAUAA